CCCAGAUGGAAGCGUUUCAAUAUAGCGAUAAGAAUUUAAGUAAUUUGAAGUAACACCACGGUUUAAGAGAUACUUCUUUCUUAGUCCAAGCUCUGGGAAGACAGAGAGAGAAGGUGUAUCAUUAGACAGCGGCUCACUCUACACGUCAGACGAUGAAGUCGUGGCUACCACUUUUGUUUGCCGUCUGGCUGUCAGCUGUGAGUGGAAACAAUGACCACCGCGCCAACAACCACCACCACCACCACAACAACAACAACAACAACAACAGGCCAAACAUCAUCUUUGUCCUAGCAGACGACUACGGCUACAACGACAUCGGUUACCAUGGCUCACAGAUUGCCACUCCAAAUCUUGACAAGCUGGCGUCUGAUGGAGUAAAACUAGAGAACUAUUAUGUCCAGCCCAUCUGUACACCCACUCGUAGUCAACUCAUGUCUGGAAGGUACCAGAUCCACACAGGUCUCCAACAUUCCAUCAUUCACCCAGAACAACCCAACGGUCUUCCCCUGGACAGCCCAACAAUGGCGGACAAGAUGAAGGAAGCCGGUUACGCCACACACAUGGUGGGAAAAUGGCACCUGGGAUUUUUCAAGGACGAGUACUUGCCCUGGAACAGAGGAUUCAGCACCUUCUACGGCUACCUUAAUGGUGCCGAGGACUAUUUCAGCCACAAGAAAGCGUUCAGUGACGGGAAGGAGUACCUGGACUUACGUGACCACAAGGGACCGAUACACAGCGAGGACGGACAUUACUCUACUCACCUCUUCACGGAGAAGGCGACUGACGUGGUGCGGGCUCAUGAUGCAAGCAAACCCCUGUUCCUGUACCUGGCCUACCAGUCUGUCCACUCACCCAUGCAGGUGCCAGGAGAGUAUAAGAGAAAGUACGACCACAUUCAGGACUGGAAGAGACGGUUUUACGCAGGAAUGGUUGACGCCAUGGACGAAGGUGUGGGCAACCUGACCAAGGCGCUCAAGGACAAAGGUCUCUGGGACAACACCGUGCUGGUUUUCUCUACUGACAAUGGCGGUGCUGUGGGCGAUGGAGGCAACAACUUCCCCCUCCGUGGCGGCAAGGGCUCUCUGUGGGAGGGCGGGAUGCGCGGGGUGGGUUUUGUCUCCGGCGGGAAACUGUCAGCCAGCGGAUCGGUCAACCGAGAGCUGAUCCACGUCACUGAUUGGUUCCCCACGCUGGUGGGCCUGGCACAGGGCGCCCUCAACGGAACGAAGCCUUUGGACGGAGUUGACCAGUGGGACACCAUUAACCGCGGAACUCCCAGUAAGCGCACGGUGUUACUUCACAACAUCGACCCCCUGAACCACAAGGUAGGCGCCCCCUUGUACCACGACACUUUCGACACACGUGUCAAGGCGGCUGUGAGGGUGGGCGACAUGAAGCUCAUCACCGGAGCUCCGGGAAGCGGAGAAUGGGUGCGGCCCCCUGGAAGAAAGCGGGCAUCUGGUUCUGGCCACCAUACGUCAAAUGACAAGAACGUGUGGUUGUUCAACAUCACAGCUGACCCGACCGAGCACCACGACUUGUCUGACCACAUGCCGGGCACGGUCCGGACCCUCCUGGGACAUCUCCAGCGGUUCAACCAGCACGCUGUGACACCACAUUACCCACCAGAAGACAAGAGAAGUAACCCCGCCCUGCACGGGGGAGUCUGGGGACCCUGGCAGUAGUCCCCCUUUGGUGGUUUCUUUGUGCUGCUCAAACAAAGACUUUCACUGGAAUGUUCAAGAAUGUCGUACUCUGACGUAGUUCUGUGUCAACCGGAGGCGCACUACUUUUUGACAUAAAAUAGCAAUGAAAUAAAGGACAAAGAGGGAGAGGCUGCGUGUGAACUCAACCAUAGAGAGAUUGCUAUAAUAAUAAUACAGGUCGAUGAUGAAAAAGUUUGGGCAAAACAAGUUAAAAAAAAAAAAAAUUCUGGAAAUUACAGUGCUAAUUAAAUAAAACGAGAUGAGACAAGUAAAAUCUUUACUGACCAGAUUCGGUUAGAUUUCGUCUAUCGGGUCAGGUUUUUGCAGAAUCCACAUAUAUGUAUAUAUAGUUCUAAGUAUUCUUAUGUUUUCAGGGGAGGUUAGAAUAACAUUAUACUAAUACAUAACAGGGGAAGUAACUUUUAUUAUUUACAGCAAGGUAAUUAACCAAGUGUAUUAUACUUGCAUAAUGUCCAAUAUCACUUUUUUAAUGACAUGCUUUUUAAAAGUAAGUACUCCUGUGAUUUCUAAGGUGUAUUGUUGUAAUACGAUUUCUUCUAAAAAAUAAUGUAUGCAAAACUUCAAAAGACGAUGCAAAAAAUAAUCCGUUUGUUUUGUUUUUGUUGUUUUUAAUUGUGUAUUAAAGUGGGAAUUCAACUGCAAA